AUGCAAACAUCUCCGCCACCAUCGAUUCGAAUAGUUGUCUGUGGUGAUGACUUUGUGGGCAAAACGCUGAUGAUUCUGACGUUUGUUAGUGAGUCAAAGCCGGUACACACGCUCAUGGCACCUGUUACAAUAUCAAGACAUGACUUUCCAGACAUGGCUGACGACAUCGAAAAUAUUCCUGAGAGUAUCACAAUCAUAGAUACAAACUCAGCUCUGGGUGUUUUACAUAAAGAGUUAAAACGUGCUGACGUGGUUUGUCUUGUAUAUUCAGAUCACUAUUCUUAUGAAAGAAUUCUGUUGCAAUGGAUGCCUAUGCUUCGGUCCAUGGGAAUCAAUAUACCCGUUGUUGUAUGUGCUAAUAAGCAAGAUCUUUUAUCUCAGCAACAAUCCAGACGACAAGAUCUGGAGGAGUUUAUCCCCCUAAUUAACGAAUUCAAAGAGAUCGAAGCAUGCAUACGUUGUAGCGCAAACAAUGAUUACAACAUUGUUGAGGCAUUCUACAUUUGCUUGCGAGCAAUCACACAUCCAAUACUGCCAUUAUUCGAUUCCAAGGAAGGAACUCUCAAAUCAGCAGCUCUUAAAGCUCUCAAAAGGGUUUUUUUUCUUUGUGAUAAAGAUCAAGACGGCUUUCUUAACUAUGAAGAAUUUGCUGAACUUCAUCAAAAAUGUUUUGGCAAGUCUUUGGAUGAGGAUGAGUUUGAACAGAUCAUGGGCACACUCAAUAAAGUUGUCAUUCCAAUAGACACCGAGCAUUCCCGAAAGAUGUCAAAAGACGCAUUCGCCGUGCUCAAUAAGCUAUAUGCUGAGCGGGGACGUCACGAAACUAUAUGGGGUAUUCUUCGAGCGUUCCAUUACACGAAUUCGCUUUCUCUUAGCGAUCGAUUCUUAUACCCACAUCUCGAUGUUCAUCCUCACCUGAGUGUGGAACUUAGUCCCACCGGGUAUCGCUUCCUUGUCGACUUGUUCUUAAAAUUUGACAAGGAUAAUGAUGGGGGUCUCAGUCAAGUUGAGCUCGACAAUUUGUUCACACCUACUCCAUGCAUUCCUAAACUUUGGAUUGACCUGAAUUUUCCUGCUCUGAUUGUAUGCAAUGACGAAGGACAUUGUACGCUUCAGGGCUGGCUUGCUCAAUGGAAUUUGACAACUUUUUUGGACUAUCGAACGACUCUCGAAUACUUUGCUUAUUUGGGCUAUGAGGGAUGCAUACCAGCUGUGAAGGUCACCAAACAGCGUAAGCGUCGUCAAAGGAAGGGACGGUAUUAUAGACAAGCGGUGAGUGAUCGAAACAUCUUUCACUGUUUCUUGGUUGGUGCCCCAAAACUGGGCAAAUCCUCAUUAAUUGAGCUGUUUUUGAGAGAUACUUAUUCGGAGACGUAUUCACCAACUUUGAAACCCAAAAUAUGUGUAAAAGACAUUGAGCUUAGAGGGGGAAAACAGUGUUAUUUGAUUCUAGAAGAGUUAGGAGAUUUGGAACCGGCUAUUUUGGAAAAUCGUGAACGCUUAGAAUCUUGUGAUGUGAUUUGUUACUGUUAUGAUUCUAGUGAUCCGGACCUGUUCCAGUAUCUUGUUGAUCUUCGGGAGAAAUUGAGUGAUCGUGUUGACGAAAUCCCCUCAGUAUUCGUCGCGCUUAAAGCAGAUUUGGACAAGCAACAACAGCGUCUGGAUAUACAACCGGAAAACUAUACUCGUGAUCUUCACUUGGCUCUGCCUUUGCAUAUAUCUUCCGCUUGGCCAACAUCUUUACAUGAGCUAUUUAUACAAUUAGUGGAUGCUGCAAAGAAUCCAAUCCUGGCUACGCCUGGUAUCGAGCAUGAUCGGGACGAGAGGAUGGAAGAGAAUUUCAAACACGUUGUGAUUGCGGGGAGUGCUUUAACAAUUGUGGCUUUCUUACUUAUGGAUGAUGAAAACACUCCCGGACAACUCAACGCACUUGAGCUUCUACCAACGAAACUAACAUCGAUCGAUGUUACAAAAAUCGCUAUCCGCGAGGAGAAUUUGUUUGUUAUCAACUGUCCUACUUCAAGCCUCGAACCCUACACACAUGUCAAAUAUAACGGCAAUGAAGCAAUCAUGUUUCCUAUUCGAAAAGAUCAUUGCGGAAUAUACCUAUUGUCGAGUGAAUCUAUCAAUGAUAUCUCACAGACCAAAUCACCACAUAUAUUGGCGACUUCGUUAAAUGAUUGCCACAAGGAGUGGACAUCGGAGUUAGAAAACCAGUUGUAUGGGAUUCAUGUUGAAAAAUUUUCGAUGUCAGACUCUCUGUUAAUGAAGUCGCCGAAAACAUCAAUAGUGCAAAAUGCCCCCGAUUUCGAAGACGCACAAGAGUUCUUAGACGAUCGCUAUUACUCCGUGCUUUAUUCUUUCAAUAUUCCAUUAACGUAUUUUCCCAAAACAACACUACCACGUGUGCGUGUUUUGAGUCAGCAGCAUGGUGUCGAUUUGAAAUCUGUCUUGGGAAGGCGUCUUUUGAAAGCUAUAGAUUUGGAGCAGCGACAUUCUCAUAAAUUCGGUUGCUUACAGCACGCAAGUGCCGGGUUUGAUCUUGAAUACAGUAAUAAGUUUCGUCAUUUGGUCUCGGAGGCUGAAGCCAAAGCAGGGGUCGCUCUGGAUGAAGUUAGACAUUUGGAAGAAAAUCUUAAAAAGAUCGUGGCAGAUUUAAAGUUUCGUGAAACGUGUCUUCAGUUGUUAUUAUUAUUGGAGAUUCUUGUGGCCGCCGAAGUUGACGAAGGUGAUUUUCUUGCAUCGAAUGCUAAAAUACUUGAUAGAGAACAACGACGGCAGGAGCGUAUGAAUAGAAAACGAUUGAUUCGCUCAGGUACCAAACGGAAGAUUGUACCGACUUUCUUGGGAAUGGGUGGAGAGUCGUCGUUGAUCUCAUCAACUUUAAAAUUCGAAAAUAAUAGCACCUUUGAAUGGUUUCUGUCGAUGAAUGCCCAUCUUGAUCGUCUACUUCUUUGGGAUGCGUUGGAUAUGGCGGGCGGGGUAACAGAGUCCAGAGUUUUUCAAUAUUUGGCGUACGUUGUUGUACCAUAUUUCAAGAGAUCGCUUCCAGAAAUUGUCAAUUUCAUGGUUCACAAGUUUAAGGCUGGCACUGUCAAAUACCCAAAGCAUCGAUCAAAACCAAAAUUAGAUCGAUCGGGCCAACCAAAGCAUACUCUGAAGCAAUCUGUUUCGAAAGCGACAAACAAAUACAGUUCGCGUGUGAUGCAGGAUCGACCCACGUUAGCCAAAUCUUUGCACACUGAUCCAUUUCCAACUGUCCCGCUCAAGAGAACUUCUUCGAGUUUCGCUUCAUCAAUGAGCACGCAGCAAUUGCAAAAGCGACAAAUCGACUUUAGCGUGAAGAGACUGAAGAGUACACUUGACACUAGUCUGGCCAAACUGCCAUCGACAGAUAGAUGUUCGCUUCGAUCAAUCACAUCCUUUACGCGAUCGUCACAAGGUUUGUUUGGUGAACGACGUAAACGGACACAUGAUCAACCCCUGACACAACAAAUCAAAGCAACUCCUAUCAAGACCAUUUCGACGAAAACGGCGAGUCAGGUUACACAAUCUAGUUCAAGUCUUCUUGAGCGGCUUAUGGAUGCAAGUGAGGAACAGGUCAAUUCAUCGCCUAUAAAAGUGACAUCAGCGAAUCUGCUGCCUUUCAAGACUCCUCAAAAACUGGAAACUCGCCAGUGGGGAAAGUAUUCUCCGACUGAUAGUCCUGUUGUUAUCGCGUCAAGUCCUGUCGCAAUCAUGACGCCUUUACCACGAACCGAUUCUGCCAUAAUCACAGAAACUCCGAAUUCUAAGAAUGGCAUGUCGUAUGAAGCGGCUGCCGCUGAAUCGCCAUGCAAAAAGGGAACAGCAAAGCUCAACAUUCAUUCCGAUGCGUUCGUGGGAAUAGCGUCGCCGUUUUAUCCUAUUAAUGAUGACGAUGUCACUUACGACGAUGAUGAUUGA